CUUGUUAUUUGUACACACUCUUUCUGGUUUUCUUUUUCCUUCUGGUUUUUGUCCCCACACGUAUGUUUGCUGCUCGCCUGAGCUUUUAUCUGUUUUUUUGGAUUUUGCCCUUGUUUCACAAUUUGAAUAUGUUAGGCUGCCUAUUAAAAGUCAUUAUCUGCAAUUUCUUCCAUCUCUGCCGACUGACAGCACGAGCUAUAAAUUAUCAUCAUCAUCAUCAUCAUCAUCAUCAUCAUCAUCAUAAUCCUUAUUAAAACCUAUCGAUCUAGUGGUGUAAUCUGGCCAUGCUGUACCUUACACACCUUAUCGGCCUGGUCCUGAUCGCACUCAUAAAUGGUGAUUGUCCCGUUAAAAUACAGCCUGUUAAAUUAGUGGUGGAGUUUGGAGAUUCAGUCUCAGCUAACUGUUCUACAACCAUCGCACACAAAGGCAUGGGCUGGGAGGCAUCUGAGGGAGCAGUAGACAUGAUGGAAGAUGUUCACUUUGUCACCUGGAGGGUAGAGAGCCUCACACACUGGGACAUAAAACCAAUUUGCUACAUACAUGUAAACUCUGAGCAGUGCGAACUCGGGCCCUCAGUUACUGUUUACAAGUGUCCAGACCGGGUGUCCAUCAGCACCGUGAAUCACAAAGGGCCGAUGAUUGAAGGCAGAGAGUACGAGCUCCAGUGUGAUGUUCAGAAUGUUGCUCCUGUUCAUCUCCUCACUGUGAACUGGUACAAAGGACAACAUCUAGUGAAAAGAGAAAGCUUUUCUGAUAAGAGCACAUUUCCAUCUAAUAAAACCACAACACUUCAGAUCUCCCCGAGCAGAGAUGAUGAUGCAGUUCAGUACAGAUGUGAGGCAGAACUGAAUCUGGGACCAGAAGGACCUCAACCUCCUCCUAUAGUGACAUCAGAUCCUCUCAACAUUGCAGUUCACUAUAAACCCUUAAUAACUUGUUCAGAUUGGUCUCCUAUGAUAAAUACCCCCUUGGACUCUUAUCCUUAUAAUGUUAUGGGAAAUCCAUCUCCAAAUAUCACCUGGUAUCGAGACAAAUCAUCGGUCAGCACUAGUACACGUCUCAGCAGGAACGACUCGGGCCAGUAUCAAUACGUUGCCUCUAAUGUGAUAGGAAGUGCAUCCUGUGUCACAAAGAUCACAGUGGAGUAUGCUCCUACAUUUACAUGUCCUGCACACUAUGAGGGGAUGGAGCAUGAGUCCUUCUUAGAUAAAUGUUCAGUUAUGGCUUCUCCUGCAGCAGACAUCACCUGGGAAAAAGAUGGGAAAAUAGUGAACCCUCUUCAUAAUCUCGCAAGGGAGGAUAGCGGCUCAUAUUUGAUAACAGCCGUGAACAAGCAUGGAACUGAGCACCACAAGUUGACCAUUAAUGUUCUCUAUGGCCCACGAAUUAAGCCAGACAAUCCAUUGGAAGUGGUGAAGGUAGACGAAGAGGUGUCUCUGAGCUGCACUGCUGAGGGAAAUCCAGAGCCGGAAGUGAGAUGGAGCUUUCAAAAUCAUGUUAUGGCCACUGGAAGGCGGCAAACAGUAUUAACAAUAUCUAACACAUCGCUUACUGAUGCUGGUGUAUAUACGUGCACUGCUACAAACAAUCUCGGGAACGACAUAAGGACAGUCUCACUGAUGGUAGAAAGUGAUUGUCCCAUUAAAAUACAGCCUGUUAAAUUAAUGGUGGAGUUUGGAGAUUCAGUCUCAGCUAUCUGUUCUACAACCAUCGCCCACAAAGGCAUGGGCUGGGAGGCAUCUCAGGGAGCAGUAGACAUGAUGGAAGAGGUCCAGAACAUCACCUGGAGGGUAGAGAGCCUCAUUACCUGGGACAUAAAACCAAUUUGCUACAUAAAUGUAAACUUCGAGCAGUGUGAACUCGGGCUCUCACUUACUAUUUACAAGCGUCCAGACUGGGUGUCCAUCAGCACCGUGAAUCACAAAGGGCCGAUGACUGAAGGCAGAGAGUACGAGCUCCAGUGUGAUGUUCAGAAUGUUGCUCCUGUUCAAAACCUCACUGUGAACUGGUACAAAGGACAACAUCUAGUGAAAAGAGAAAGCUUUUCUGAUAAGAGCCCAUUUCCAGAUAAUAAAACCACAACACUUCAGAUCUCCCCGAGCAGAGAUGAUGAUGGAGUUCAGUACAGAUGUGAGGCAGAACUGAUUCUGGGACCAGAAGGACCUCAACCUCCUCCUAUAGUGACAGCAGAUCCUCUCAACAUUGCAGUUCACUACAAACCCGUAAUAACUUGUUCAGAUUGGUCUCCUAUGAUAAAUACCCCCUUGGACUCUUAUCCUUAUAAUGUUAUGGGAAAUCCAUCUCCAAAUAUCACCUGGUAUCGAGACAAAUCACCGGUCAGCACUAGUAUACGUCUCAGCAGGAACGACUUGGGCCAGUAUCAAUACGUUGCCUCUAAUGUGAUAGGAAGUGCAUCCUGUGUCACAAAGAUCACAGUGGAGUAUGCUCCUACAUUUACAUGUCCUGCACACUAUGAGGGGAUGGAGCAUGAGUCCUUCUUAGAUAAAUGUUCAGUUAUGGCUUCUCCUGCAGCAGACAUCACCUGGGAAAAAGAUGGGAAAAUAGUGAACCCUCUUCAUAAUCUCACAAGUGAGGAUAGCGGCUCAUAUUUGAUAACAGCCGUGAACAAGCAUGGAACUGAGAAACACAAGUUGACCAUUAAUGUUUUCUGUGAUUGUCCCGUUAAAAUACAGCCUGUUAAAUUAGUGGUGGAGUUUGGAGAUUCAGUCUCAGCUAACUGUUCUACAACCAUCGCCCACAAAGGCAUGGGCUGGGAGGCAUCUCAGGGAGCAGUAGAGAUGAUGGAAGAUGUUCACUUUGUCACCUGGAGGGUAGAGAGCCUCACGCACUGGGACAUAAAACCAUUUUGCUACAUAAAUGUAAACUCCGAGCAUUGCGAACCCUGGCUCUCAGUUACUAUUUACAAGCGUCCAGACUGGGUGUCCAUCAGCACCGUGAAUCACACAGGGCCGAUGACUGAAGGCAGAGAGUACGAGCUCCAGUGUGAUGUUCAGAAUGUUGCUCCUGUUCAUCUCCUCACUGUGAACUGGUACAAAGGACAACAUCUAGUGAAAAGAGAAAGCUUUUCUGAUAAGAGCCCAUUUCCAGAUAAUAAAACCACAACACUUCAGAUCUCCCCGAGCAGAGAUGAUGAUGGAGUUCAGUACAGAUGUGAGGCAGAACUGAAUCUGGGACCAGAAGGACCUCAACCUCCUCCUAAAGUGACAUCAGAUCCUCUCAACAUUGCAGUUCACUUGGACUGAUUGGGACGUUCAGUUCGUCCCAAACAUGUUCAGUGAGGUUGAGGUCAGGGCUCUGUCCAGGACACCCACAGAGUUCUACCACACCCAACCUUGGCAAACCAUGACUUCAUGGAGCUCGCUUUGUGCACAGGGGCAUCGUUAAGCUGGACGAACCACAUAUGUGUGUGAUGGUCAGGUGUCCACAUACUUUUGGCCACAUAGUGAAUGUGUAUAACAUAACACCACAUUAAGAUGUCACUAAGUUAAUAAUAAUAAUUAAAAAAGAGUAAUCCCAGCAAGA